AUGCCACCAUUGGCGCAAGCCCAAGUCAAGCCUACUACCAACGAUCUCAAGGUCAAGAAGACAAAGAGCAGAAAUGGGUGCGCGAGGUGCAAACUCAAGAGGCUCAAGUGCGACGAGACUGCACCCGGCUGCCUCCAGUGCAAGAGGCGGAACGUAGCCUGCCCCGGCUACGAGAAGACCCUCAAGUGGUCGACCAAGUAUGAGGUCUUCCAGCCGACACUCUUUGCUCCGGCACCGCAUAAGUAUGGCUCGACGGCUACCGUCACCAAGGCAAGUCCCAAGGAGAAGCCCAUGAAAGUAACUCCGGAUGUGGAGCGUCACUUCGAGGCUUUGGCAGCUGUUCUGCCUGCAGGCAAGCAGACGGCUGAGCCAACCAACACAAACACACACCAACAGUCGCCGCCGCCCAUGGCCGUUGGGUCCCUGACCUCCUCGGAAGACUCGACACCUGAGCCCAGUGAUGGAUCACCCCCUGAGAUGGACCCGCUGCCAGAGCCUCUCUUCUUCGAGGAUCCCAUCGACUUCGAUCCCCUAAUGAUGGAUGGCCUUGUCGAUGUAAUGGGCAUGCCGGAGGAUGACCUUUCGUUUGGGCCUCUGGACGGGUUUGAUAUUGAACCAGGACCAUCGGAAUGCGUCAACUAUAACGGCGAAGUAUUGCAACAGCCUGCCAAUGAGGAGGCGAGUUCCAGCCCUCGACUGUCUCGGUCGCUGCUUCUUGACUUCUACCGGCUACCAAGCCCUUCACCUUCCGCCACUACUGCCGACGAUAUUGAGUCUGUUCUCAUCCAGCACUACUUCAAAGAAGUGUGUGGCCGUUUUUCUUGUUUCGACUCUCACCUUAAUCCUUUCCGAACCACAAUUAGUCGCAUUUACCAGCAGACGCCUUCCAUCUACUACGGUAUCAUGUCCAUGUCGGCCGCUCAUCUGACCAACACCUUUCCUUACAUGGCACAGCUUGGCUUAGACAUGCAGCGCAAAGCGCGUGACGCGCUUUUGAUGGAGCUCCCACUCGCACAGAAUGAUCCAAUCAGCCAGACGAAGGUAUUCCUCAGUACUAUGCUCCUUGGCACCACUACAGGUUGGCAUGACAGUGAUAUACUUGGUGAAGAGUUCCUGUCGGCGGCCCGAAGUCUGAUUCUUCCCAAGCUCCUCAACCACGCCGAUGGCGCCCCAGGAAAGCAGCGUGAGACUCAGUUCUUCGAGGAAUCCAUCAUCUACUGGGAGAUGCUGAUGGGCUUUGUCAACCCAAACGCUAUGACUUUUGCUCCUAGUGGGUUGCGGUCUCGCCCCAAGAAGAUUCCUUCUGCACGAAAACCUGAUGGCAAGAUCAUGCCACAUCCGUGGACCGGCAUCGCUCCUACGAUCAUGAUCCUGUUUGCAGAGGUUGGAAGGCUUGUUCGCAGAGAGCGCAUGCGCGAUGGGAACGCGAGCAUCGACUUCCGACGUCACCACGAAAAUCUUCUGAACGCAGCUACUCUAGAAGAGGAUCUUCUCGCCGCGGAGUACCCCUCGGUGGACGAGAUUGCGGAACUAGACGACGAGCAGACGUCGAAGCAAGAUUUCGUCGCUGUUGCUGAAGCCUAUCGGUGCGCUGGUCUUUUGGAGAUCUAUAGCGUCUUUCCGAGCAUUCUCCGGAAGCGCUUGGGAGCGAAGAAGUCCGACUCUGGUGAACUUGCGGACUUCAAGUCGUUCCCCAUGCCGCGCUUUGAGACAUCUUACGAAGACACGGAUACCAAGUUAUGGCUUAACUCUCUUGCCAUGCAUAUUUUGGAUCUUAUCGACUCUGUCCCAUCGUCAUCCGGCACCAUCUGUAUUCAACACAUCCUCAUCGUUAGCGCUGCGUCUGAAUUACGCUUCGUGUCUUCUGUAGACUUCUUCGAUGUCUAUGCAAACGAUACAAAGGUGUGUCAAUCCAGAGAGUUUGCCGUCAAGCGUCUUCAGGAAUUUUCAAGGCGCUUGCCUGCUAAACCUUUCCGCAAGAUGAUCGACCUCAUCAAAGAGGUUUGGCGUCGGCAAGACAAUGGCGACAAUGUCUUCUGGGUCGAUGUAAUCGACGAGCAGGGUUACAAGUUCAACCCUUUCGUCCGAUAG